AUGUCUUUCCUUAAGAAUCUCCUUGCCUUGACGAUGGGGCUGGCUUCUCUGGGAGAAGUCUAUGCCGGACUCGACCUUACCUCUACUUCAAAUGUCGUUGUUUAUUGGGGCCAAAACUCCUUCAGUGGAAAUGGAGAUCUCGCGCAGCAGCCACUGAGUCACUACUGUGAUGACUCCAACAUUGAUGUGAUUGUAAUGGCCUUCUUGAUGAGGGUCAACGGCCAGGGCGGUGCCCCGGAAGUGGAUCUCGCCAAUAUUGGCAACGGCUGCACCAGGUUUGAAGGGACCAAUCUCCUGAACUGCCCGGACGUCGGGUCCGACAUCACGACAUGCCAGAAGAAGGGCAAGACGAUCCUCCUCUCCAUAGGUGGUGCCACAUAUAGCGAGGGAGGAUUCCAAUCCGAGUCCGCCGCAAGGGAGGGAGCGGACCUGAUCUGGAAGACCUUUGGGCCUCCUCAGUCGGACAUGCGGCAUACGAAUACGACCGUGCAUCUCAACACCACGCGUGGCCCAACUGUUCGGCGGCAGCAAGCCGUCCAUCGGCCCUUCGGCAAUGCCGUCCUGGACGGAUACGACUUCGACUUUGAGGCCAACGUGUUCAACAUGGCCCCCUUCGCGAACCGGCUUCGCGAGCUGUCGGAUGCCGACCACUCUCGACAGUACUUCCUGACGGCGGCACCGCAAUGCCCCUACCCGGACCAGGCGGACAAGGACAUCCUCAAUGGGCCGGUGUCGGUGGACGCGGUGUUCGUGCAGUUUUACAACAACUACUGCGGCGUGGACGCGUUCGCACCCGGGAAAGACGUGCAGAACAACUUCAACUUCGCGGACUGGGACAACUGGGCCAAGAACGUGUCUCAGAACAAGAAUGCCCGGGUAUUCCUCGGGGCGCCCGCCAACACGGGGGCCGCUAGUACCGGCUACAUGCCGAUCGACCAGCUGACUCCGGUGGUUGAGUACAGUAAGAAGUUCUCAAGCUUUGGCGGCGUCAUGCUGUGGGAUGUCACUCAGGCAUAUGGCAAUCCGGGCUUUCUGCAUGGCCUCCGCCAGACUCUGGGAACGGCCAAGUCGGCCAUCACUCGUUCCUACCGCUACCGGUCGGGUAUUACUCGUCCGUAUCGCUACCGGCCGGGUCGACGGUAG